UUCCAACCACCAUCUCCCCUACUGCUGACCUCGUCGCUACUUCCAGCUACUAUGGCCGCGAACACUUCGUUUGCCGACUUUGUGAAAGAGGCCCGGGAAAAGAAGAAGAAGCAGGAGCUCGCCCAGGAGAUGUUCGGGCGAGGCCGCAACCUGAAUGCCUCAUCUGGUCCUGGAGCGAUCGCAACCUCGCGCAAUGGCUCGCAGAAGCCUACUCUAGCAAGUCGCAUGGGCGUGACUAAGCAGCGAUCAGCAUCCGCCAAACCCAACAUUGACGGAAAGUGGAAGCACGACCUACACAAUAUCAACAACCCCGAUGGUCCUCCGAAGACUAAGAUGAAUCGCACUGCCUCCGCGUCCCAGAUCGAACGAAAUACGCGCACAUUCAACAAGUUCCGCUCCACCCUUCAGAACAAUGCCGAUACCAACGCCCCUGCCAGUCGGGCUGGUUCUGGGUCUGGGUUUAGCAUUCGUGGCGUGGCUGCUGGAGGACCAUACACUGUGAUCGCGAGCAACUUUGCGCCCGGAACCACUGCGGCUGAUAUCGAGGCCGUCAUGGCUCCUAUCGGAGGAGAAAUCAGCCGCUGCAAGCUAAUUAGCUCAAAGCCUACCGUCAUGGUUGAAAUGAUCAUGGAUUCUAAGGAUGGCGCCGAAAACGUCAUUGCCACAUUCAACAACAAGAUGGCCGAUGGAAGGCAAUUGUAUGUCUACAUGAAGGAUACCCCCAAAACUUACAACGGUGCGGCCCCCACUCGGCCUUCUGUAACUCCAGUUGUGAGGUCAUCCUACGAUGACAUGGAUGUGGAAAUGGCUAGCGGUGCACGGAACAACCGACGGGGCAGCUGGCAGGACGGUACAUACGGCUUCCCAGAGGAGCAGUCUACCCUCGGCGCACCGAGGAAUGCACCAAGGGGCCCACGCAGGAGGUAUUGAGCGUCUAGAUGAGCAGCGACACUCGAAUCAAACAGAGUUAACCUUUGAUUUUCCGACGACUGAGGAUGUUGUACGAUACCCAACGGAAACUAGCUUGCAUUUUUACUUGGAGUUAUCAUCGACCAUGCGGAACGAAAACCCUCUAUCAAUCCAUAAUGAUAAUUCGAAAGCUAAUCCACUUCGAGCUGUGAUGUUACAAAACUUCUCAGCAGGCCUUUCAGGGGGCAUCCGACGAUUUCAUGUUCUUGAUGGGCUGAGACAUUUCUGAAUGUUUGGUUUCAUAUCUAGAUGGUUCUACUUUGGAGUAAGGUCUUCUUCCGAAAUCCGGUUCAGCUCAAGUAGGGAAACCUUGGUUAGCUUUGGG